UCAUGGGUGUGCCACUGUUUUGCUGUGCCUCCCUCAGGGCACUCCACCUCUGCAUCAAGAACCAAAAGGAAAACGGAGGUUAUGGGAAUACACAGUCCCAGAAGAAAACCCACGGGAGACUGGCUCAAGGAGAAUAAUGAAGGAAAACGUACAUCAAAGUCCAGUGUGAGAGAGAGACAAUCAGCAGUUCAUUUGCAGCCAUGAGCCAGCCCACCCUGGCUACCACAGAGCCACCUGGCCAGCCUGGACAGAGGAAUCUUACCUUCGAGGUUGUGGACAUCGUUGUUGUCAUCAUUUAUUUUGUCUUCGUCCUUGCCGUUGGGAUAUGGUCAUCCAUACGGGCAAGCCGGGGGACAAUUGGAGGGUAUUUCCUGGCUGGACGGUCCAUGACAUGGUUGCCUAUUGGAGCCUCCCUGAUGUCAAGCAACGUGGGCAGUGGCUUGUUCAUCGGCCUAGCAGGCACAGGAGCAGCUGGGGGCCUCGCCGUCGGGGGCUUUGAGUGGAAUGCUACCUGGGCGCUGCUGGCCCUCGGCUGGAUUUUUGUGCCUGUUUACAUUGCUGCAGGAGUUGUCACAAUGCCCGAGUACCUGAAGAAGAGAUUUGGAGGACAGAGGAUUCAAAUCUACAUGUCCGUACUGUCCCUCAUUCUCUAUAUAUUCACCAAGAUAUCAACAGAUAUUUUCUCUGGAGCACUGUUCAUCCAAGUCUCCCUGGGCUGGAACCUUUACCUGUCCACCGUGAUCUUGCUAGCAGUGACAGCAGUCUACACUAUAGCUGGUGGUUUAACGGCUGUGAUGUACACAGAUGUGCUGCAGACUGUGAUCAUGGUACUCGGGGCUUCGGUUCUCGCCUUUAUAGGGUUUGAAAAAGUCGGCUGGUUUGAAGGACUUAAAGAGAAAUACAGCACCAUGAUACCCAGUGUCAUCGUCCCAAACACCACCUGUCACCUCCCCCGCACUGACGCCUUCCACAUGCUCAGGAACCCUGUCACUGGGGACAUUCCCUGGCCUGGGCUUAUCUUCGGCCUCUCUGUGCUGGCCACCUGGUGUUGGUGCACUGAUCAGGUUAUAGUGCAAAGGUCUCUCUCUGCCAAGAACCUCUCCCAUGCCAAGGGUGGAUCGGUGCUGGCGGGUUAUUUGAAAAUGCUCUCGAUGUUUUUCAUUGUCAUGCCUGGUAUGAUCAGCAGAGCUCUUUACCCAGAUGAAGUGGGAUGUGUGGACCCGAAAGUCUGUGAAACCGUCUGUGGAGCAAAAGUGGGUUGUUCUAACAUUGCCUAUCCUAAGCUCGUAAUGGGACUCAUGCCUGUAGGACUACGGGGUUUGAUGAUAGCUGUGAUGAUGGCAGCCCUGAUGAGUUCCCUCACCUCGAUCUUCAACAGCAGCAGCACGCUCUUCGCCAUAGAUAUCUGGCAGCGGCUCCGCAAGAAAGCCACAGAGCAGGAGCUCAUGAUUGUUGGCAGAGUGUUUGUUCUCAUUCUCAUCGUCAUCAGUAUUCUCUGGAUUCCCAUCAUUCAGAUAUCCAACAGCGGCCAACUCUUUGACUACAUUCAGUCCAUAACCAGUUAUCUGGCCCCACCAAUUACUGCCCUCUUCAUCCUGGCAAUCUUCUGCAAGAGGAUCAAUGAGCCCGGUGCUUUCUGGGGCCUCCUGUUUGGGCUGGUAGUAGGUGGCAUUCGAAUGAUCAUGGAGUUUUCCUAUGGGGUGCCAUCCUGUGGUGAGGAGGACCCAAGACCAGCUGUCCUAAAGGAUGUGCACUACCUGUACUUUGCCCUCAUUCUCUGCGUGCUCACGGGCAUCGUCAUUAUCCUGAUUAGUCUCUGCACCCCACCAAUCCCAGAGGAAAAGCUGGCUAGCCUGACGUGGUGGACUAGACACAGCAAACCUCCCGCAAUUGACCUGGUGAGCUACAAGAGUGAGUCGGCGGAGGUAAAUCCUUCAGUGGGCGAGAGUGAUGGGGAUGCACCAGCGUGGGAGAACAUGGAUUCAGGGAGCAAAGAACAUGGAGCAGUGAGCCCUCCUUGCUGGAAGAAGUUAUAUUUCUGGUUCUGCGGGAUCUCCAGCAGCCCAGGACCCACACUGACCAACGAAGAGAAAGCAGUCCUGGAAAGGAAACUCACCAGCAUUGUGGAAAAACCCUUAUCAAAGAUUGUUUGCAACAUUAAUGCUAUAAUUCUGCUAGCUAUUAACGUCUUUCUGUGGGGAUACUUUGGCUGAAGACAGGGCUGCAGACAGGCUGGCUUGGCUUUGAUUUAGAAUAUAGCAGUAAUGCUUAGAGACCUCAAGCAGGUCACGACCACAUUGUUCUUGAUGCCAUGCAUACAGUAAAUGGAAUUCCCUGCCCCAAAGAGUUUACAAUCUAGAAGACCAAACCUAGUGGGCAGGGAUAGCAUAGCAUUUACCAGAGAGCGUUUUUAUCAGGUAAAAUCAUGUUUUUUGUCACCUAGGGAAAAAUUAAUUGGGCCCAGUUUAUGAUAUUUUCUAUUUUUAAAAUUAUUUUACUAUCACACACAUCACACUUAGUUGUAGUUACACAUUCAAAUUGCAUUACAUAGUCAAAUAAGGCACUAGAUUAGGAGAUUAAUUUAGGGUUGUACAAAUAAAGAAGUAAAAUUGCAGUGAGCAUAAUACUAAUAUAUGUAAUGAGAAUAGUGUCAGAAUGUCUGUAGACAAUUUAGUUUGGUAUUUUCUCCAGGAAGUUAUACAGGCCAUGACAACUUUCAGUUUUCUAUAUUAUAUAACCUAAAGUCAAAAGCCUUCAAUGACAAUAAUGCAGAGUUGUAGCCAUGAAGCAUUAAGCAAUCAGAAGCAUGCAGCGCUGCAGACAACCUGUCCAGGUCUGGUUGGCCAUGGAGCCUGCUGUAGCAGACGAACUUUGAUGCAGUGGGUAGACUGAACCUAUUUCUCAGUUUUGAAUGGAUGUAUCCAAAGUCUGAGAAGAUUAAUUCUAUGCUUGCUGAACACCGAUGGACUUGCACCACCGGUUCUGUGACAUCAGAAAGAAUCUUGGCAUUCUUAGAUUUUUUUCCACCAUGCUAAAGGGGAAAUCUUUUUCCUUGUAGCAGAUGAAAACGUCAAUUUUAGCUGCAGUGAGUCUUCUAUGUUAAAUGCAAGUAAAUAUGGUAGAAAGUCGGGAUUUUCUUCUUGUUCUGAUGACACAUUUCUUGCCUCUGUAUUUUGGCUGAAGGAGGUCGGACAACAUUUGUAAUUGCCUCAUGAAAUCUCUUUGGUACGUCUGCUUUAUGUGGGGCAAGAUCUUCAUUUAUCAGUAGAUCCGUCUCAUGUCCAAAUACUCCUUUUCUUUUUGCGAAUACAGACUAACACGGCUGCUACACUGAAUCAAGUGCCACAGAAACUGAAUUGAACUGAUUGAUCAAGUUAUUUGCUUCUCGGUAAAUCCUGUGAUUAUUAAUUUCACUGACCACUCUAUCUUUAAAUUCCUCCUCUAGCUUACUCAUAAUCCUGAGAUAAUGUGGCCAGUUUUUGAAUAUAUGUUUCCAGACAUGUUGUUUGACUGUUCCAAUAUGUGUUACCAGGGAUUUACAGAACUUGACAGUCUUUUAACCAGGCUCCAGGUAAUUAUGAAAAUACUUUUGUAAAUCGCCAACAUGUUUCUUCAAAGCACUCUGUAUAAGGGCUUGUCCAAGUAGAUUGAGCCAAUGUGAUGCACAUCCAUACUUAGCCAAAGUGUGAUUAGCUUGUUCCAAAUCACUGCCCAUACUUGGCAUUUUUUCCUCAUUGUCUGUCGGGUAGCUCUUAACACAACUAUACCGUUCGUUGCUAAUGCCUUGGCUUCUCUUAUCAGAGUAGCACAAUACUUUCCAGUCUUCUUAUAUCAACUGCUGCUAAGGAAACCACAGUCAGCUAUCACUGGGACAAUGCGCACGUUAUGCCAGCCAUCUUUUAGUCAUGGAACUGCUUUUCCAUAUAAUUUGCUGUGUGUUUCCACCCUUAAGCCAUCAGUAACUGCAUCUAACCAUUUACCUGCUUUCAGCUGGGUGCUUUGGCCUAGGCAGCUGAUCAGUGCUUGAAAAAAGUGGCUGUUCAGUCACUGAAAAGGGAAUAGUACAGCCAUAAAACAGUUCUGCAGUUUUCAGGGCUACCUUUUGUUUCAGUUCUGGCAUUGUUUUCCUGACAAACAUAUGCAUGUGUGAUUGAAAAACUGUGACACUUCCUCCUCAUUGUCUUUGGCUGAUGUGGAUCUGCCUUUCUCUUGCUGCUCUUGGCAAUAGCAAUGCACUAUUAUCUGUACCUUCUGUGGUUAGCUGUUGAUAGAUGUUUGGCUGCGUGUGUGAGUUCCCUCUGUGUGCCACCCCAGACCUGCACAGACAGCUGGCAUGGCAGACCUCAAUCGAACCACCCAAUGACCACAAGAUCCGGUAAGGGACAAAGGCACUCAGCCAGGUUUAUUGUCAAUGAAGCAUGGUACCAGUAUCCCAGACCACUAAUAUAUGUAUGCCCAUAACAAUGGACCAGGUCAGUGAACGGUGGGAUUUUCCAUUCCUGUGCCAGACAAAAAUAUUCCUUCUGAGAUAUAUCUUUAUACCCUGAUACAAACAAUUUACAUACUGCCCUUCUGACACAGUUAGUUACUGCCCCCUGACAUAGUUAGUUUUACCCAUUACCUUGCACAUGUUGGUUCGAUCAAAACAUUUCUAUUAUGUACUGUCAUCCUGACCUUAUCUUUUAGGAGGGGUCAGUAUGUUCCUGUUAUCCUGGGGGAAUGUUUUUGUACCAUGCUUGAUAUCGGGAUGUUCUGGUACCACUUGAUAUCGGGAUGUAUUUGCGUGAGUACUCUGUGACUUCUUAGGAAUGUGUAUUUCUACAAUAUCUGCCCUGUUCUUGCCAGAUUCUGAGAGCAGGUCCUGCCUCGUACCAAGCCUCUAAUAAAAAGGCUUAUGUCUCAGGCUCUCU